UUUACUUUUAUACUGUUCCCAAAACGCUGCAGACAGUAUCAUAAAGUUAGGAAACCUACCCGGAGCUGUCUGAGAAAAAAAAAAGGAAAUUGGAGGUGGCGAAAUCUGAUUACCGGAGGAAAGGGAUAUGGCGGUGGCAGAUGACGGGAAGCUAAACAUAGAGGAGCAUCCUCCUCUCUGGGGAUCUCGCAGCGUCGAUUGCUUCGAGAAGCUCGAACAAAUCGGCGAAGGAACUUACGGGCAAGUUUACAUGGCUAAAGAUAUCAAAACUGGUGAAAUCGUGGCUCUUAAAAAGAUCCGUAUGGACAAUGAAAAAGAAGGGUUUCCUAUAACUGCUAUCCGGGAGAUAAAAAUUCUCAAGAAGCUGCAUCAUGAGAAUGUCGUUGAGCUUAAAGAGAUUGUUACUUCACCCGGUAAUGUAUUUAUAUUAACACACACUUCCCACGCGGAGAUUAGUUUAGUUUACAGAGAGAGUCUAACUUUCAUGACUGUUUCUGUCUCUGUUAAAGGUCGGGACACGGAUGACCAAGGAAAGCCAGAUAACAAUAAAUACAAGGGAGGGAUCUAUAUGGUUUUUGAGUACAUGGACCAUGAUUUGACUGGACUCGCUGAUCGUCCUGGACUGAGAUUCACUAUUCCUCAAAUCAAGUGUUACAUGAGGCAACUACUCACCGGGCUUCACUACUGUCACGCGCACCAAAUUCUCCACCGUGAUAUAAAAGGCUCGAAUCUCCUUAUUGACAAUGAGGGACAGCUGAAGCUGGCUGAUUUUGGGCUUGCAAGGAUGUAUUCUCAGGAUCAUUCUGGAAACCUCACUAAUCGUGUCAUCACCUUGUGGUAUAGGCCUCCUGAGUUACUACUCGGGGCCACAAAGUAUGGCCCAGCAAUUGAUAUGUGGUCCGUUGGUUGCAUAUUUGCUGAACUUUUGUAUGCAAAACCAAUCUUGCCUGGCAAAAAUGAGAAUGAACAAUUGAGCAAGAUUUUUGAGCUUUGUGGAUCACCUGAUGAAAAUAAUUGGCCUGGGGUUUCCAAGAUGCCUUGGUUUAACAAUUUUAAGCCAUCACGGCCGUUGAAGAGACGCGUGAGAGAGUUCUUCGGACAGUACCAAGUCUUUGAUCGCCAUGCACUUGAACUACUGGAUAAAAUGUUGGUUCUUGACCCAUCACAGAGAAUAACUGCAAAGGAUGCUCUUGAUGCCGAGUACUUUUGGACUGAUCCUCUGCCAUGUGACCCAAAGAGUCUACCUACAUAUGAGGCAUCACAUGAGUUCCAGACAAAGAAAAAGAGGCAAGAGCAGCGACAAAGAGAGGAAGCAGCAAAAAGACAGAAACUGCAGCAUCCACAUCAGCAGCACUCUCGCUUGCCUCCAUUACAACACGGUGGCCAAUCUCACGCUGCUGCUCCACAUUGGCCUGCCCAUCCUACCAACAACGCACCACCGCAAGUACCUGCUGGACCAAGCCACCACUACUAUGGGAAGCCUCGCGGUCCACCUGGUCCAAAUCGAUACCCUCCUAGCGGAAACCAGAGCAGGGGUUAUAAUCAGAGCCGAGGAGGUUACAGCAGCAGCGGAUCAUAUCAUCAGCAAGGACGGGGAGCUCAUUAUGUGGGCGUUGGUCCUAGAGGGCCUAGUGGUGGUGCCUACGGGGUUGGACCACCUAACUACACACAAAGUGGUCAGCAUGGUGGCUCUGGAAGAGGUCAGAACCCAAUGGGUGGUAGUAGAAACCAGCAAUAUGGAUGGAAACAGUAAAGAGCUCUCUGUCAUUUGUCUAAGAUCUUAACUCAUGUGAGUUAAGUAAUUAAACAUAAAUAUGAGAUAUUGAAUCUCUUUUCAUACACUAUUUCUGACUUUAUUAUAGUGAGAUUGACAAUAUAUGCUGAAAAAAAUUGAGCAA